AUGGCUGCUGUAUUCCGCUCCAGCCUUAAGCUGCGAGCUUCCGCUCGUCUGCCGGCUGUUCGCACCAUCACCACCACCCCGCACCUGCGAGCUGCGGAGAAGCCUUACUUCUCCAAUGAGCCUGCUGGUCCCAAGUUGGCCACCGCCAUUCCUGGCCCAAAGAACAAAGCUGCUACCGCAGAGCUGGAUGAGGUCUUUGAUGUCCGCAGCUUGAACAUGCUCGCAGAUUACUCCAAGUCUGUCGGAAACUAUAUCGCCGACCUUGACGGAAACGUUCUUCUCGAUGUCUAUGCUCAAAUUGCUUCUAUCCCUGUCGGUUACAACAACCCUCACCUCCAAAAGGUGGCCGCUUCAUCUGAGAUGGCGAGCUCCUUGAUCAACAGACCAGCCCUCGGCAACUUCCCCUCCGCAGAUUGGUCUCACGUCCUGAAGACCGGUAUCCUCAAGGCUGCUCCCAAGGGCCUGGACCAGGUGUUCACCGCCAUGGCUGGCUCCGACGCCAACGAGACUGCCUACAAGGCCGCUUUCAUGUACUACCGUCAGCUGCAGCGCGGUGGUCCCGAGAAGGAGUUCACCGAGGAAGAGCUUCAGUCGACCAUGGUGAACCAGAGCCCUGGAUCUCCUCAGUUGUCUAUCAUGUCUUUCAAGGCUGGCUUCCACGGUCGCCUCUUCGGUAGUCUGUCUACCACUCGCAGCAAGCCCAUCCACAAGCUUGACAUCCCUGCGUUUGACUGGCCUCAGGCUCCCUUCCCCUCUCUCAAGUACCCUCUUGAGGAGCACGCUCGCGAGAAUGCUGAGGAGGAGCAGCGCUGCCUCCAGGAAGCUGAGCGCCUUAUCAAGGAAUGGCACAACCCCGUCGCUGCCAUCAUUGUGGAGCCCAUCCAGUCCGAGGGUGGUGACAACCACGCCUCUCCUGCCUUCUUCCGUGGCCUCCGUGAGAUCACCAAGCGCAACAAUGUCCUCUUCAUUGUCGAUGAGGUCCAGACUGGUGUCGGUGCCACUGGAAAGUUCUGGGCUCACGACCACUGGAACCUUGAGACUCCUCCUGACAUGGUUACCUUCUCCAAGAAGGCCCAAACUGCUGGUUACUACUUCGGUAACCCCGCCCUGCGUCCCAACAAGCCCUACCGUCAGUUCAACACCUGGAUGGGUGACCCCUCCCGCGCCCUCAUCUUCCGUGGCAUCAUCGAGGAGAUUGAGCGUCUGUCCCUCGUCGAAACCACUGCCGCAACUGGUGAAUACCUUUACUCUGGCCUUGAGCGCCUUGCGAAGCAGUACCCCGAGCACCUGCAGAACCUUCGUGGCAAGGGCCAGGGUACGUUCAUUGCUUGGGAUACUCCUAAGCGUGAUGAGUUCCUUGCCAAGGGCAAGGGUUCUGGUAUCAACAUUGGUGGAAGCGGCCAGAGCGCCGUCCGCCUGCGACCCAUGCUGAUCUUCCAGAAGCACCACGCUGAUAUCCUCCUUGAGAGCGUCGAAAAGAUUAUCAAGCAGCUGUAG